AUUAUCAAACUUCAGAGAGGGCUGAUAGUCGAUUAUCACAUUCUGAUAAUCGACUGUUGCUCAGCUUUGUUACAAAAAUCUGCAGAACGAUGAAUAAUCGAUUUUCAAGUUGAUAAUCGAUUAUCCAUCGUCUUCUACCUCGAGCCAACUUGCGGAAAUGUCACUUUUACUCACCAAACUUCAAUUAAAGUAUAUAAAAAUGUUCUCCAAGGGGAAAAGAAUGAAGCGCCAGGUCAAACCAGCGGAGGCCGAUGACCUGGUUGCUUGGGAAGCCACUCUCUGGGCCGGGGAUGCCUCCACCCGCGGUCUGUACCAUGCUGGGAAGUGGAGCGUCUACCCCGGCCGGGAGACCGACCCUGAACCGGAGAUUGUUCUACCCGGGGUGAUCCCCGAAGCCAUCCCUAUCCGUCAGGCGAGGGGAUCCAAAGCCCCGGCCACUACCAAUGCCGGUCCUUCACGCCCGGCGAAGAAGAAGAAGGAGGAAGUGGUGAAGUUUCAAUCCAAGUUUGCCGUCCCCCAAAUCGUGGUUGAGGAGCCCUCCUCUGCUCAGCCACUCACUCCUCCAUCCAGCCAACCACUCUUGAUGGAUGAUAUGCCGGCCCAGUCUCACCAAGGGACCAGCCAGCCGAUUCACUCGGGGGAGAUCAACUUCAACGUAGACACCUUCGAGUUCGACAAUCUGAUGGGGGCCCAGUCCUCCGACGCCGGCAAGGGGCCGAUAGUGCCUCGUUCUCUGGCUUUAAUGUCCAGGUCAAACGAGGAGCUCUUCCGAGCAUUCCAUGCUGAUCUGAAUGAGGUCGGCCGGAUCGGGGAGGAGUACUUCGCCCGGCUGGUGAAGUCGAUGGAUGAGGAGAAGGCCCGGAUGGAGGCCAUGAUGGUCGAAUGCCGGAAGGAAGCCCAGGCUGCCCGGGCCAAGCCAGAGAAGAUAGAGGCCAAAUGGACAGAGCACUGUGCGGUUUACCGCCAGCUCUAUGCCAAGCACGAUGGUCUCCUCAAGGCUGCGAAAGAGGCCGAUGAGCAGGCCCAGGCCAAGAUCAAUCAGCUGGAGGCCGAAAAUGCCCGGUCAGCCGAGGAAAUCGCUCGGCUGGAAGAUGAGCUGCAGAAAGAGCAAUCGAAGCGUGCCGCCCUUGCUGCUGCCUGGGCCACUCAAACGCCUGAGGAGUUUGCUGCUAAGGCGUUGCCUGACCGGGAGACUGCCAUCCGCUUUUUCCAAGGCUUGUACAAGUACGAGGUCUCGGCCGGGAUCGUCGACGAAAUCGGAACGUACGGCUUUGAAAGCGGCCAGUACUCAGAGCGGAAGGCCCUCUAUGGCAUCCUUCAGCAGAGGAUCCAAAGUUUUCAGCCAAAGGCUCUUUCUCUGCCCGAGCUGCACUCCGAGGCGCCUGAACCUCCCUUCCCGGGCAUCUGAUCCGUCCGGCCCUCCUUCCUCAUCUGAUUUUCUCUUUUUUUUUAUAUGAUGUAAAGGUCUGCCUCCGGGCACUUUUGUAUUUCAUUGACAUAUUAAUGAAAAUAUGCUUUAUGUUAUCAUUUCUCAUCAUUUCUCUUCAUCUUGGAUUCUUUAACCGUUUAGAUUAAUAAAUAACAGCCCGGCUUUAUUUACCCGGCUUAGAAUACAAUUUUACCCAAGUC